GAAUAUUAAAUUUGAAACCAUUAUUAAUUACAGUAAUUAAUUCUUGGCAAAGUCAGUGUCUUACUUAUUUCUUCAACAAAUCAUCGAAACACACAACAAUAACACAAGUGCUACUGCAAAACUCAAUGCUUACGUUUGAUACUCGACUAUUGUGAACCGACAGCAGAAUUGUGAGGGAUGCAUUACAAGCAACAUGCAUUAUUACUCGAGAGAAACGUUUCUAUUUUUCGCUCGACAGUUUUCCUCGAAGAAAAUUUUCUUGAAUAUUCUACCCCUUUUAUUUCCCGCAUAUUGUAACAGCAUAAGAAAAAUAAAUUGAGAAUAACAAGCAACAUAAAAUAUUGCAGGCGUUCUAUAGAACAUUAGUGUGCAUGAUGUCUAAGAAGCAACUUAAUAUGCUCAUAACUGAUUAGUCAAAAUAAAUUGAGAAUAACAAGCAACGUCGAAUAUUACAUGUGUUCUAUAGAAUAUUGGUGGACAUACCCGACUAUGAAGCAACUAAAUAUGUUCAUAACUGAUUAUCCACGCUACUUCAUGUAUGCAUAAUCGAAGCGAAGUGUAUUGCAGAAUACAAAGUCUAUUAGAGAAAAAAAAAUACAUUAGAUAGGAAGACACGUGCGUGUGCAUAAAUGUAUAUCCCUAGCUCAUAGGGUAAUAAGCAGGUGCAUACGAGCGGCAUCAAAUAUGCAAAUUCCCUCGGUGCGCGGACCCGGCGAUGGGAUUAGUGCGCAUCCCGCCGUCAGUACUGAUCCAAGGAGCUAAGCGACAUGAAGACUGAGGAUAUUUUUCUUGUGAUUCAGAUAAAAGUGCUCCACUAACUCCAGAUUUCGAGGAUUACACAAAGAUUAAUUCUCUGUUUCUGCGAUGCAUGGGGAUGGGCAUUGGUACGGAUGGCAACAAAAAGGAUAGAAGAUCGCAGAUUAUAGAACGAGUGCCAACGGCACUAAUAAACGUUUUGUGCCUUUUGGAUUCUGUCUUUCAAGUGCAAUGGGUCAGCGAACUUUGGAAAACCGAUAAGAAACUUGUAUUGCAAAUCUUGACCAACGCUCUUUCUAAUAUCGUUUGUCUUUGCAAGGGCUUUCAACUGGCGUACAGCAGAGAGGAUUUGCAAACGCUUUUUGAAGAUUUGGCAAUGAUUUGGCGGAAAAGGAUACCACAUCACGAAAUUCGCGACGAAAUUUUAAGAGGGGCACAGAAAACGCUUGUCUUCUGCAGGUGCUACAUCAGCAUGAUUUUAGUCCUCGGCCUUUGCUUCGGUUUACCGCCACUCAAAUAUUUCAUUCUACAAUUUACUGAUCGGAAUGCUAAUCGUACUUACGAUUACACGGAGAGAAUUUUUCUCGUAAGGUAUCCCUUUGAUGUAAACAAUUUGACAGCUUAUAACUUUAUUUUUAUGGAAGAACUAUGGGUGCUUUAUUCUGCAGCUAUACAUUGGAUGUGCUGUGAUACUUUGUUCGUUCAGUUGACGAGUCAUACGUCUUUACAAUUAAAGCUAUUACAUUACGAUAUAGAAGCUUCGGGCAAUACAGAAGACGAACGGCAGUUUAAGGAAAAUGUAAUGGACAUUAUUAAGAGACAUCAAGAGCUGCUGAGAAUCUGCGACUUGAUCGAAGAUGUAUUCAGUCCAGUACUCUUUGUAAUCAUGCUCUUGACAGCUAUGACCAUGUGCGUUAAUCUUUUUGAAUUACGAGAGAUGCUUUUGGAAGCUCAGUAUGUUGGAGCGAUUCUUCACAGUUUUCAUCUUAUAAACGUCAUUUUUCAGUUACUGAUUUAUUGCGUCUACGCUGAGACGUUAACUGAGCAGGCGGGUUCGAUAGCCGAAGCAAUUUACAACUGUAAAUGGACUGAAAAUAGUCACGAGGUCAGGACGAACCUGCGAAUGUGCAUUAUGAAAUCGCAAAAGCCAUUUUACUGUACUGCUUACGGAUUUUUCCCAAUAGAUCACCGACGGAUAACAUAUAUCUUUAAGACGGCCAUGUCAUACUACAUGAUGCUCCACCAAACGACAAGUUGAAAUAAUACGUAUACUUCGCAAGUUGUACAUUUUCAAAGUUUAUUUUAUUAAACUAAACUGGAUUAAAUUCGA